CUUCUGAAAUGCGGAAAAGGUUUUAUUUUUCUUUUGUAUCCUUAUUUCCAAACUAGUUUCUCUCUCUCCAAUUAACAAGUAAUCUCUCUGCAACAACUCCCUGGAUCUGAAAACCAGAGGUUAUGAAUAUGGCUUCUUUUUCUUCGUCUUCUUCUUCCGCUGCUGCUCCUGCUGAUGCUGCUGUUACAAAAAAGUACGAUGUGUUUAUUAGUUUCAGAGGUGAGGACACCCGCCGUACUUUUACCAGCCAUCUUCACGCUGCCUUACUUGAGAAAAAAAUCACAACCUACGUUGAUGACAAGCUUAAGAGAGGAGAUGAAAUCGCACCUGCCCUUCUCAAAGCAAUCGAAAAAUCACAGCUUUCGGUGAUCAUUUUCUCAAAAAACUACGCUUCUUCCACGUGGUGUUUGGAUGAGCUUGUGCAUAUCCUAAAAUGCAAGGAAAAAUAUGGCCAGUUGGUUAUACCCAUUUUUUACGACACCCUUCCAUCGGAUGUACGAAAACAACGGGGGAGUUAUGCACUUGAUCCACUUGAACAAGGUUUCGAGAACAGUAUCGGCAAGGUGCGCAAGUGGAGGGAUGCUUUGACAAAUGCAGCAAAUACAUCUGGCUUUGAUUCAAAAAAUUAUGGGACGGAUGCUGAUUUGGUUAAGAAAGUUGUAGACGAUAUUUUGACUAAAUUGUGUCAUGAAUCAUCAUGCGAUUUAGAGGGCCUGGUUGGAAUUGAAAGCCGCAUCAAGCAAAUUGAAUCGCUAUUAGACAUUCAUUCACAGGACGCUUGCAUUAGUGUUGGUAUUUGGGGAAUGGGUGGUAUGGGCAAGACCACCCUUGCUGAAGCCGUGUUUAACAAACACUCGUCUAAAUUCGAAGCAUGUUGUUUUCUUAGAAAUGUUAGGGAGAGAGAACAAAAGGAUGGGCUACAACAUUUGCAAAAUACACUUCUCAAUCAGAUAUUAAAGGAAAAAGGUCUAUCCAUAGGAUUAACUUUUGUUCGAGAUAGGCUUAGGCGUACAAAGGUCCUCAUUGUUUUUGAUGAUGUGAGUGAUUCAAUGCAAAUGGAAGGUUUAGUUGGCAAUUGUCUUCGGUUUGGCAAUGGAAGUAGAAUCAUUAUCACAAGUAGAAAUAGAGGCACACUUAGGCAAACUGUUGAAGAGGAUAAAAUCUACGAGGUUGGGAGAUUAAAACCGGAUGACGCUUUUCAGCUCUUCUGUUCGCGUGCUUUCAAGAAUUCUCGUAUAACAGAUUAUAAGGGGUUGGCAGAAAAGGCGAUGCAUUAUGCCGGAGGCAUUCCUUUAGCUCUUAUACUUCUGGGGUCCUCAUUCCUAAAUUGCAAGAGCAAAGAAGACCUGGAAGAUGAAUUGGACAAAUUGAAACAAUUUCCCAAUGAAAAUAUCCAGAGAGUCUUGAGACUAAGUUAUGAUGGAUUGGGAAGAAAUGAGAAGGAGAUAUUUUUGGAUAUAGCAUGUUUUCAUAAAGGGCAAGGUGUGGAUAAGGUAAAACAAUUGUUAGAUGUUCGUGGAUUCUCUACGACGGUCGGAAUUAGAAUUCUCAUCGAUAUGUCUUUCAUAUCAAUUGGUUCAAGAUGGCGAUGGGAAACCAUCGAGAUGCAUGAUCUGCUUGAAGAAAUGGGAAGGACAAUUGUUCAGGAACAAUGCAUUGAAGAUCUCGGUAAGCGGAAUAGGUUGUUCAACGAUGAGGAUGUUUAUAAUGUAUUGAAAAGUAACACGAAAACUUCAAAUGUUGAAGUCGUAGUCCUUGAUUGGUAUAACAUUGCAGAGCGACCAUUGAAACGUGUAGACUUCAAAGUGAUGUCUAACCUAAGAUUGCUAGUUGUGUAUGGUGGCAACAAAUUCAAUGCUUUUAUAGACCUUCCCAAUUCUCUUCGUUAUCUUGAGUGGUGGGGAUAUCCACUGGAAUAUUUGCCGUCAAAUUUUUCUUCGGAAAAUCUAGUUGAGCUUCAUAUGCCCAAUAGCAAAGUUAAGAAGCUUUGGAAAGAAGAGAAGAGACUUGUGAACUUACAAGUGAUCGAUCUGCAUGGCUCUACAAAUCUAACUGAAGUUCCAAAUCUCUCUGGGAGUCUAAACAUUGUGAACAUAAAUCUCUCUGGCUGUGAAAGUUUGGUUGAAAUUCCUGGGUGUUUUCAACAUCUUGACAAGCUUACUCAACUUCAUCUUAGAUUCUGCACCAGUCUCAAGUAUCUUCCAAAGAUGCCAAGAAAUAUUAAAUACUUGGAUUUACAUUACGCUGGUAUAAAGGAGUUGCCUGAAUCACAACAUCUCCACAAGCUUACUCAUCUUGAUCUUGCAUGCUGCAUGAAUCUCAAGUAUCUUCCAGAGAUGCCAGGAAAUAUUGAAUACUUGGAUUUACAUUUCAGUGGUAUAAAGGAGUUGCCUGAAUCAGUGUGGUCUAACGAAAAUAUUUCUUACUUGGAUUUACAUUUCAGUGGUAUAGAGGAGUUGCCUGAAUCAGUGUGGUCUAACGAAAACAUUUCUUACUUGGAUAUAAGAGAUUUCUAUCGCCUUCAGAAGAAUGACAAGUUCAAUCAAGCAGCUUCAAUCUUAAUGUAAUGUUGAAGCUGAAGGCUGCACGGCGCUGAAGAGAGUGGCAAGUUCAAGAAAUAAGACUAACAAAUAGGCAAGGCUCUUACCAAUGAGAAGGAAUUGGAUUGAGGAGGGAUUGAAAUGAGGUGGAAUCAGAAUUAGAUUCCUGUUAAAGUUGUUUACUAACAUUGUCUGAAAUCGGAGUAGGGAUGAUGUUGAGUCCAUAUAACUAUAAGUUGUUUACUAAUUCACUUCAAUUGGAAUUAAAACUAGGUUGAUUACCAGUCUAUAAUACUCUUAUUGUUUUAGUAUUGUUUUUACAUUAUAAAGCGCAAUGUUAUGGACAAGUGUGUAAUAUCAUAUUUCUCAUCUUU